CACUUCCAUCUUUGACCGUGCCGACAGUUGUCUUCCCAAAAUAGCCCACGCUCACACGGCCUUAUAUGUGCAGGCCUCCAGCAUGUGCCUGAGAAGGCAUCAUGUAUCUAGGCCACACAAUACAGGCUGCAGGCUCAUUGUUGCUGCCUACCAGCCGGCCUGUCGCUCCGAGGCCCCUCUGUGUGUCCCUGGAGAGCUCACCAUGCACCUCACCCAGCUCAACCACGAGUGUCUCCUCCACCUUUUCUCCUUCCUGGACAAGGACAAUCGCAGGAGCUUGUCCCUCACCUGUCACCAGCUGCGCCGGAUCUUCGUGGACCCCUGCCUCUGGAGUCUUCUCCACUUCAGCUCGCCGUGUCAGCUGACGAGGGACAACUUUGUGCUGGGACCCUCGCUGCGGUACUUGACUAUUUGCUGGUUCUCCAGCAGAGUUCAAGUGUGCAACAUCGAGGACUGGCUGAAGAGUUCGUUUCAGAGGGACAUCUGCAGCAAACACGAGACCCUGGUCAGCGCUUUCCUGGCCCAUGUCUGCUACAUGUGUCCCAACCUGCUGGAGUUGAACCUCUCUGGCUGCGGCCACAUCACCGACUGGGAUGUGGUCACCGUGCUGCAGAGCUGCACGAGGCUGCGCCGCCUCCACCUGGAGAACUGCGUCCGCAUCACCGACCGCAGCCUGGUUGGCGUGGUGGACCACGGAGACGAUCUGGAGGAGGUGAAGGUGGACUUUUGCCGGAACAUCACUCAGGCGGGGCUGCAGGCAGCCAGGGAGAGGAGGCCCGGCGUCCAGCUGACGGCAGAGAGAAGCGCCGACAUGAUCCCUGACAGCAAGCCCCAGGAGAAGGUGCUGCUGAGGAGGGCGCUGCAGAAAGUCCUGCUGUUCUCCUGAGGGAAGAGCCUCAGCUUCUCUUCAGAUGGACUGCAAGGGAAAAACAAUACUGUGACAACAUUUAAGGACUUGAUUGUGUGAUCCUUUUACUUUGAAGUGUUUUUAUAGUUUUUAUAUA